GCGUUACCGCGCGCGCGCACGGUGAGCUAUUAAAGCCUCGAGUACACGCGCAGUGCCAACAGACAGUUCUGUCCUGGAGUGAGAGGUGAGAGGAGCAAUAACUCAUGGAUUGAAGCGAGGACACAUAGGCUACUUCAGAUCCCGACCACAAACCAUUUCAGGUGAAAUUGCACAUCUCUUCCAGACCCUGCCGAGAGAUGUGGCUGCUGGAAAAGAUCCGCGGUUCAGUGGAGGGAAACAUUCUUCGGCAUGGAGACUCGGCUGACAAACAGAGCAAAGCCCCCACCUACAGCAACGUUCUCACCCCUGACAAGAUUCCCGACUUCUUUAUUCCACCCAAAUUGGUGUGCUGCCCUCCAGAAGAGGAGACGCCAGAAAUGAAGCCAAAAAACGGGCUCCAUUCUUCCUCAUCUGAGCAGACCAUAUGCUGCAAGACGCCACAGGGUAGUCCUCGCAGCCCGCGCCUCAUUAACAAGCUGGCUGGAGACACCAAGAACUUGCUCAAAGCCGCAAACCGCCACAUCAUCCAGAUUGAGAGCGCAGAUGAGUUGGUGGUCGGGGAAGUGGGCGACCUCAACACAAACGCUGACCCCCAGUCCCAGACGGCCAUGUCCUUGCCAUACGUACCCAAAGCUCAAACCUCCUACGGUUUCGCUACGCUCAUGGAAAGUCCUCACACGAGACGUAAAGAGUCCCUCUUUCAUAGCGACCCCACAAGUCCGCUCACCUCGCCCAACACCCAACGCAAGUCGCAGGGCAACCACUUAAACCCCAGCGACUGUAACACCUCCCAUUCCAACCCCUACCGCUACUUCAGCGGGGGGGAAAGCGACACUUGCUCCUCAGCCGAGUCCUCCCCAUUCAGCUCCCCUCUGUUGUCCCGUUCCGCAUCCCUCCUCAAGAUGUUCACCCACGAAACCCAAGCCAAAGUGUCCCGGGCCAAGCGCUCCUUCGGCCGGCACAGCUCUCUCUCCACAGACGAGUGCAGCUCUGUGGAGACCAGCCCGAAUAUUCAGAGGCGCUUCCGUUGCCCUCCUUCUCCGGCAUUCCGAGGACGGAAACACGGAGGCAACAUGGAUCGCUUCACGCAGCACACCGUCAACCUCCACAAGGGAGGAACUCUACGCAUCUGCACAGACUACGACAUCGAUGCCGCCAGGCUUCACGUCCGUGUGCUGGCAGCCGAGGCCCUCUAUGAUAAGCAGUUUGAUGCGAAGAGCAUCAACUGUUGCGUGGCUCUGUACCUGAACCCGGGAAAGCUCCAGAAACAGCGGAGCACCAUUAUCAAGAACAGCCGCAACCCUGUCUUCAACGAGGACUUCUACUUUGACUCCCUUCCAGUUGUGCAGGUGAAAAACCUCGCCAUCAAGAUGAAAGUAGUCAACAAAGGCACCAGUCUGAAGAGAAAUACCUUAUUGGGAGAGAGGGAGGUACCCUUGAAGGAGUUGCUUUCUGGGAUCUAGAGAUCAGAUUUUGUCCUCCAGACACACCAAUGCGGUCUUCACCUAACAGAACCAGACAAGGAAAUAUCCCAGCUUUGAGUCCUCUGAGUGAUUUGGUCCCUUUGGUCACAGAACUCUCCAACUAACUGUGUGCAGCUUCCCAACAUGUUUACCAGCAGUGAGAGUGUAUGGAUGUACAGUACUGUACGUGUGAGAUAUUCUGUAAAUUUGAGUGUAUAGGCAUGCUUCAGUUGUAUACAUGUGAGUUCCCAGGGUUUGUGUUUGUUGAGACCAAUGUCUUCUUGAUUGCAGACCCUGCUGGGUCUCACUGUUGGAGACACAGAUAGAUAAAACAGCUCCCCAUCCACAUGGCAUAUCUUGACAACAAAAGCACAUUAUUGUAGACUGACGCUUUGAAGUCACUUAAGGCCAGAUGCAAAUGCAUGCUUCAUCAGCCGUUUGAGCCUUAAAAUGAAGAGAAUGACAAAUAUAUAUUUGUCCCCCAUAUUGCUAUAAUAAGUGUUUUGCCUUAUGCCUCUUUAAUUCCGCUCUUGAGACUGUGACAUUUCUCUCAAUCUCACCGUAAAACUGUACUUUUAAUGUUUUUUUUUUCUUUUUGAAUGCUGAACCUGUGCAGUUCAAAACACCCUUCAGCCUUAUUGAGUGACAAGCUGCUCGCUUUGAGUGACACGGUACUUUAGAGAGGGCGUGAUUCGUGAUUGGACAGAGCAUAUGACAUCAUCAUGAAUGUCAAGACAAUGUGAUUUCUGUAAAUAGAAGGCUCUUUUAAAUCUGUGUAGCUGCAUCUGAAAUCACUCCCUAUUCCCUAUUAUGUUGACUAAAUAUUACGCAGUUUGGAGAAAGAGUUCAAAAUACUACAGGAAACAAAUGUGCCUAAAAUUACCAUGGUAUUACCAUGUAUUUUUGGGCAUGCUUGUGACAAUGCUAUGGCAUUUUUUGCAGUAACUUGGAUUGGCAUGGGUUUUUGGGAAUGUACCAUAGUUUUGACAUUUACCAUGGUUUAUAUGAAAAUGGGAAUCAUGCAGUAACAUAGUAUAUGUCAAAGUAUUGUAGUAUUACGAUACCUGAUCUAAUACAUUGCAUUACCAUGGUAAUAUCCUCGCUUUUUGGGCAUGUACUGUGGAAAUACCUUGCUUUUAGACAAGUACCAUGCUGAUACCAUAAAGUACCAUAUUUACAUGGCAGUCUAAACCCCUAUUGUUUCACAUGGCCCAAAUUUUUGGACAUGUAACCUAAAUAUAUCAUAGUAUUCUUUGAAGUACCAUGAUACCGAGUAUAUCAAAAUAUUGCUUUACCAUGGUACUGUUUUUGCAAGGGAUAUACUAGUAACCAAAAGUUGCACAGGUUAAACUGUUAUACCGAGGCUGUGCUAAUAUACACAAUGCUUGCAAAGAAAUUUCUUCAGAACAAAAAUGUACAUGUUUAUUUUUCUGAAGGACAUUAACGGUGCCCACUAGUGCCAUUUUAGCUUAACUCUCAGGUGAGGGAACAUAUUGCAUUUUCGUAUACGUGUGCACUUUAAUAUGGUGUUGACUUGCAACAGUUUAUGGUGCAUUGUAGGUAUCGUUUAGUAAAGUAUAAAAUUGUUCAAUAAGAUGUGGGAUAUCCCCCCAGGAAAUAUGGAAUUUUUUCAUACAGCAUUUAUGUUCAGAAAGUGUUCAGAUGAUUAUUCUUCUAUUAAAUAUGUGCAUAGAGUUUUGGCAUGUUUAUAGUAGAUGUGUUUGUAGAUGUUUUCCAGUGGGAGCAGUUGCAUGGUGAAAUGUUCAAGCCCACAUGUUUUCUUUUCUAUUGUUAUUGAGUCAGAUGGUGAACAUGUAAGAUAUAAGCGUACAUCUUUUCUUCACAUCAUCCCCUGUAUUGGAUCCACAGCACUAACACUAUUUUGUAUAUCACACUUGAUACUCAUUUUUACCACAGAGCACAACAGUAACUGUACAUUUAUUCCCCAAUUUUGGACAUGUAUUUUUCUCAUUCAUUUUCUCCACUGGUAAUUUGAGAAAAAGGUGUUAAAUACUAAUAGGCUGAAAUGAAAAGUCUUGAAAGGUUUAUAUCUUACAGUUAAAAACCUGAAAAUGAAUUUCCACCUCACCCUAAGGUUUCACUUAAAUGCUGUUGAUUAAAGCCGAGUCAAAUCAAUUUGGAGUUUAAAAUUACCCUUGUAUAAGACACUGUAAUGCGUCAUACAUGGCAAGCUCUUUGUUUGACCUAAAGAGUGUCCAGUAAUAUUCCUGAGAGCUCUUCAAUCAGGUUGCCACACGGUUCUUGAGUGGAUUCACACAACUGCAGCGCUAUUAGAAGUGAGACAGAUUGUCUCACAGUUCUGGCUUUAGCUCAAGGUAACACAUCUGUGUGUUUUUGAUUAAUCAUUUGCAUAUCCUUAAGGGUGAAGUGUGUAAUUUAUGUGCCACAUGCGACACCAAAUGGAAUUGCAACUAGUUUUUCAUGUUUUGUUUUUCCAAUGGUAUGUGAGUGAUUUCCUUGUGCAAAAGUUUCUAAGGAGUUAUUGUUGGUUGCCACCUCUGAAAUUAGUUUCAGAGACCUUUGAAGAUUUUUAAGAUUUUUUUUUUGACUAACAUGGAGAUGAAUCAUAAAGUUGCAGUCACAGUAGAAAAAAUUCAGCUAAAUUUUGCAUGCAAAACUUGGCCCAUUGUAUUGUAGCGAUGCAUGAAGUACAGCUCACUUUCAAACCAAACAUUUGGCAUGAUCACCUUUAACCUGUUGCGAAAUCUUCAUGGCUAAAUCUUUCUUCCACAUGCAAAAUUCUCUUUUAAUAUGGCUGGAUUUUGACUGCAAAAAUUAUUAACCUUAAGGCUCAGAAAGUGCAUUAAGAAAGCAGUGGUUUUCAUUUCAUCUUUACUUCAAUUGCUCUUUUAGAUUUAGUUUUUUGCUAUAGCACGUGACAUACAUUUGAAUGAUCAGUUUUAGUGCUAAACAGUCUUUCCCUUUAAAUGCAAUUAUUUAGUAAUUUCCGUUUUCCAUUUUUCUUUCAUUCAUUGAUUUGUACCUGGGCAUUUUCUGCUCAGUUGAGUUACCAUCUUUCAUCUUUCAUUGAAACCACUUACAUGUCACUUUUGCCAAGCUAAAAACAUAUUAUAUUAAAAGGGAAAAAAGGCACUUUGAGCAAACGGUCUGCAAUUACAUGAAUCAGUCCAUAGGUGCUUCAUGUGAAUUUUUCUCCACUGUAUACUUCCAGGGUACAAUGAUUCAUUUAUUAAAUUAUUUCCAUUUCUAUUUUCAGCGCUCUUUCAAAAAGGCCAAAUUAGAAAGCCUUAUUCCUGUCGGAGACCGAGCUCUUUUUGAUUGGCAGAGAAUUCAAAUUAGAAGAUGAGAAAUAGAUUGCAGAAGGGAUUCAAUAUGGGGGGUGUUAAAUCACAUUCAUUUCCUCAACCAUCUUCCUGUACGUGAGAUUAAAGUGUCUCGCACUAGUGUUUCGGAUAAGUCAUGGAAAAUGAAGUGCCUAUCCACUGUACUUGAUUCCCGUUCCUUCCCUGAGCCCGUCACCAGCCGCAGCGUUCCUAUGCAUGUGUACACAAACACUCCUCACCUGUGAUGUGCCGUUUCGAACACGGAAAUCAAUAUUCCUAAAUAGUGUGGUGUUUCGGCUUGCUGUUGUUCUGUCGGCGCUGUUGUCAUGCCGUUUGUUUUGUUUUAGCUUCUUUCCAGCGGUUUAUUCUCUCUGUGUAUCUCUUCUUCUUUUCCAGACUGAUUUUCUAUUCAUAACUUUACUGAGAUCAUGCUGUUGCUUUGUUUAUUUUCUUACUUUGCUCAAUAAAAAUUGUGUAGAUGUU